CUUGGCAGGCAAGCAGAUACUUCUCCCUUUCUGGAUGUUUACAGGUAGAGCAAGCACAGCAUCAGUACAUAUUUCUAAAGUUGUGCUGUAAAAAAUAAUUGAGCUCCAUCUUCUCCGGUAGGCUGCUGAAGAUUCUCAACUUUAUCGGAGUGAGAGACUUUCCCAGACUUUGCCAGGACACCAACUCUGAUCGCAGGAGGCAAGAGUAGCUCCACCUGCCGCGCUAAGAAGAUGCGCCCGCGAACCGAUAUCCAGACGAAUGGCGACGGUGAUGUGCCAACUCCACCGUCCAGCGGUAAACGAUCUAGAGGCAAGACGGAGAAAAGCUACCUUGGUGUCAGAGUGCGAAUGCCUGUGAAAGAUAUGCUGAGGAACAUACGCAUAGCCAAGGGCAUGGAUCCUAAGGACAUUCAGAGAAUCUAUGGGAAAGCCUCUAAAGGAGACAAAAAACGUGUCAAGACCUCAGCAGAACGAAGAAACAACCAGAAAAAGCACACCAUGGCCCAAGAGGAGCUGUCCAUCAUUGUGGAGGUGUUGGAGGAGGACCUGAAAGCCAGCUCCCCGGCCGAGCAGCCCAGCCCCUGUCCGACCAGCCCGACUAGCCCCCUAAGCCCAGGCUGCCCUCCCUCCCCCUGCAGCCCCGAGCCCAGCCUGCCCCUCAAGGACUUCUUCCCCCAGACCUACAUGUGCAACCUCAGCAGCAGCAGUGGUGGCAGCCUAGGGAGCCCAGAGAUGCCCAUGACUCCUGAACCCUUCUCCCCGUGUUCCGUGCCCUCCCCCGGGUCUUCCCCCUCCCCCUCCCCCGAGGCCAACACCGUAUUCUCCUUCCCCGGUGCCGAGUACCGCCAGAGCAUCGCGCUCAUCUCCGACAGCUUCGGGGGGUACGGCAGCGAUGGGUUCGAGGACAUGCGGCGCAGCCCCCCACAGUACACCUCCUCCAUGUCUGACCCCCCCAGCCCUACCGAAUACCCCCCCAUCCACUCCUCCUCCUCCUACCACGGCUCCUACCUGCCAAGCCCAGAGCCUGCACACUACGGCCUGGGGAGAGAGCACGGCGGAGAGGGGGUGCUGGGGUUGGGGAGAGGUUCUCCGCCUCUCCAGGGGCAGUGCUGGCAGCGUGGAGGAGGAGGAGGAGGGGAGUGGAGGGAGGGGUUCUACUUCUGGAACCAGCUGGAGCGGGAGGAGAACCAGCUGAGAUGGAUCUCCAACCGAGAGCUGAUGGCCACCGACGAGAACGGGAAAGUGCUGCUGCACCGGCUGGUGGAGGAGGGCAGGCAGGCUCCCGUCUACAUCGUGGCCAAGAGGAUGGCCGCCAUGAUGCAGCUCGAUGCUAAAGACAGCGAAGGAAAGACGGCGCUGCACCUGGCUGCCCAGAGGAACCAGCACCUGAUGGUGGCGGACCUCAUCAGCCUAGGGGCCAAUGUCAACGAGAGGGACCGCUAUGGGAAAACAUGCCUGCACCUCAGCGCCGAAAACGGCUAUGUGCGGGUGCUGGAGGUGAUCAAAAACUCAAUGAAGGAUGGGGUCCACGUCAACCUGGAAGUCAAGGAUUUGAAUGGCCUGAGUGUGCUCCAGAGUGCGGCGGUGGCCCUGAGCUGUACAGUGAGGGAGGAGGAGCAGAGGGGUCUGCAGAGCCACGGCCACAGCCUGCAGAGCCACGGCCACGGCCUGGGCCCCUCGUGCAUACAAACCCUCCGCAAGCAACAGAUGAUGGAGACUCUGGAGUGCCUACUUCAGAUGGAGAGCAACAUGCACAAUGUGCAUCAUGGCCUGGGGCUUCAUACCAGUGCGCAGUCACUCAUGUGUGAGCAUGCAGGUGCCUCUCCCCCGCCGAGCUACAGUGUGGCGAUCUGCAAGACCUAGCUGCAUCUCCUCAUUCCACACGCGAGGUUCUUGUGAACUUCACAUGCGUGUGUGUGUAUGUGCGUACAUGUGUAUGUGAGAAUGAGAGAUUGGCGUCUGCAGUGGUCGGAAUGCAGUGUUGUUAACUGACGGUACAUGUUUCUGGUUUAAUACAAGCUUGAACCUGUCUCAGAAGAGAGCUCAGAAGGAGAGAAAGGAGGAGAAGAAAGCCAAUGGUAAUUGGGUUGCCAGUUGUUUUCCAUAUGAAACAGACAUACAUGAAACUUACAGAAUGAUUCAUACAGUAUGGUUUUGACGUGUUUUAUUUGGCACAUACCAUUAGAGCAGUGGAUCUCAACCUUCUCUGAAGGAAUGCCCCCUUGACCUCAUCAUAAACCUAAAACACCCUCUUUACCCCAUCAUAAGCCUGCCAAAGCCCGGCUUAGUAUUAAAAAUAAAAUAGACUCCUGUCCCCCAGAAUCAACUAAGCACCGCCCCCUCUCAGCUGUAUCCUUCUCAAUGCCCCUCUAGGGCUCCCUAACGUUAGAGAACACUUCUUCAGUGUCCCAUUUCUGAUUCGCCUCAUAUGAGUAAACUCACAAACAUUCCAUCAACAAUGCUUUAUAUGUUGUAAUUGAAGCAUUGUAGAUGGAAAAUGUAUGUGUGCCUUACUUUUUUAUAUGAGACAUUUUUAGAAAUUAUCCACUUUAAUGGGUAGUGUGUGCCAUGUAAGACAACAUACGAAUGAUUGUAUAAUACUGCAUGAAUGAUUUAUAUGUUCCAUGUAUUUCUCUUACAUAUGGGUUGUUAGUGAGUGGAGCUUACUCUUCUGAACGUAAGGUCAAGUCUAUGUAUUAUGCAACCGGGGUGCUUUUGCAGAGUACUGCAAUUGCCCCAGUAGGUUGCUCAUUAGCUGGUUUCUAUGAAACUUUCUCUGUUUGUUACAUUUUAGUGAUACAAAACUGCACAUGGGCCUACAAUGCCGUGCAGUUUACUUAUAUGUGUGUGUGUGCGUUGUGGAUUUUAGGGUAUAGCUGUGCUAGCUUCCCUGCGUUGUCGUGCCUUAAAAGUUGAAUGAUUAUUUCAAAAGCAUUAACCAAAUUCAUGACACCAUUACUAUGGUAGUACUACAUUACUAAGUCUCUUUGAUGACUAUUACUGUGUUCCACUGGUUCUACAUGCAUUGGCAUGAAGUGAGUCAGUGAUCAAUUGACAGAUACAUGUUUGAAGUUACACAGUAAAUUCUGCAGUGCUCAUUUAACACUUAGAGAGUUCAUUUGAGUCCAUUUGGACUUAAAUGAACUCUGUAAGUGUUGAAUUAACACCACAACAUUUACUGUGUAUACAAGUGUGACUACUAGGGCUGUGCUGUGAUACACCCGACUCACGAUUUGGUUUGUAUCAUGAUCUUUAACCCACGGUUCGGUACAACCCACAAUAUUUUUAAAUGUAAUUUGUAAUAAAUUAAUUUGCUGUUUUCACAUUUACCAACAUUAUGAGUGGAAAACAAUACAAUAGGUGAUAUAGGCUAUGGAAUAGUUGACGCCAGGCUACUAAAAUGAAAAGAAAUUUCACUAUAAUAAUGAUAAUUUGAGACUAAGAAGUGCUAUCCCCUCAUAGCAUGUGGUUCUUUACUUGACUGAAGGAUAAAAGAACUUUGAAAGGGUGUGCUACGAUUCUGUGCCACAAUUCUGUCUUCUUGCAUAUUUAUUGAAAAAAAUGCCCCCAUUGGCACAAUCUGUGACACAAUGUGAUUUAACAGCCCCAAAAGGAACACGCAAAAGUGCACGGUUCCUUUGAUUAUAGGUUAUGCACACGCGCAUACACACUCAAAACCUGUGUUAAUAAUAAGUGAAGUUAGCCUCGUUACAGUAUACCCGUAUUUCGACAAUGUGCUACCCAUCUGUUGUGCAGCCCAUCACUCCCACAGCAACAUGACCUCACAGAGUUACGUGAAAUGAGGCUCUGUGUCCAUUUCACAGAAUUGUGUGAGAUCAGGCUGCCCACAGGGUCACUCCAGUACUCUAAGAGUAUAUAGGUGAGGUAAAGUGAGGGGUUGCACAGGGUGGCAUGCACCUUUUUAUAUUUUUCCUUUUUUACAAUUUUAAAUCUUCUUUGUGUUGUUGAGCAACUUUUUAAAGGUGCAGACCGGAAUUUAAUGUCAAAUGUGUUUUUAAAUCUAGAUUUUUGUCAAAAUUUGAAAUGUAGCCUAUUGUUCUUCUGUUGUGCUUUAAAGCACGUGACUUUUAGCUACAGUACACAGAGUCCUAGAUGUGUUUUGUAAAAGUUUCAAAAUGUUUUAAGGUGUGCCCGAUUCCCCAGGCAAUGGAACAGCCAAGUACGGGCAGGUUUACCACACAGCCCAUCUUGAACUCAAAUAUGUAUGUGCAUGUGUACUGUAGCAUCACGGCUAGAUUCACUGAGGCAUACGUGUAUUAGCUACCAUAAUUCCAGACUGCACCUUUAAAAAUGCUAUUGCAUUAUUGUGUUGAGUUUAAAGGUUAUCUUUUACACAUUACUGUUUUUGGUUUAAAAAUCCUUAUAGGUUGUGGGUUGUAAAAUUUUGAAACCAUUUCAAUGACUCGUUUUAAUUUGCCAUCGUGUAUUUACAUUGACUACUGUUCUUAUUUUACAAUUUGUAACAUAUUGGGUGGACUUUUGUUAAGAUGUAUUGAGAUUAGUUAGGACUAUUAUAUCAUAUUAGUAGUCUGCUGAAUCCUAAGGCCAGUGAGGCCUUUGUUAAGAAUUUGUAUUUUUUUAACUGUUUUACAUGAUAUACCACGAUAUUGCAUUUAGCAUAGUGACAUAGAGGAACAGGGACAUAAAUGCCUGCAAAUGUUUAUUUUAUAUAUGCAGUUGAUAUUUUGUGACAGGAUUGUAAUGUUCCGGGCAUAGGGUAUAUAGGCCUAGUGUAGUCUUGGUCUCUGUAUAAAAGAGGUCUUAGAGGAAGGUGUUGGUUGUCAUUUUUUGGGUGGAUGGAGUUUUGGACCAAGUUGUAAUAGCAUAGAAUCUUUAUUACUGGUUUUACUUUACUUUAUUGGCUCAUAUUUUUUUAUGUUUUUUAACGCAUGUUUUUGUCAUUAAAUGUUUGAUUAUGGUCUGUUGUGAUGUACUAGUUGUACACACAGUGUAACUGGUGGUUGGGGAAAAUAUAUUUUUGUUAUUUGUUCUACAAACAUUUAGCACUUUUGUCGAUAGAAUCACAAGCAACUUAGAAAGAGUCUGUAAUGCCAUUUUGUUCCAUGAAAAGAUCUCAUAUGAGCUCAGAUCUCCUGUUUUUUGUCAAACAAAUAAAGGUAAUCUAAAGCACAUA